AUGUCUACUCUAAUUCCACCUCCAUCUAAGAAACAGAAAAAACAAGCUCAAGAGAUCAGAGAAGUCCCGAUUGUUCCUGACAACUUACCUAAUGUGUCCAUUAAAUUACAGGCCUUAGAUACUGGUGAAACAGUGGGUGGUGGGUUAAGAGUUCCUGCCGGUAUAACUGAUAAACAAUUAGAAGAAUUAUUAAAUCAAUUGAACGGGACUUUAGAGGAUCCAAUUCCAUACACUUUCAGUUGCAAUAUUCCAGGGAGGACAGUUAAUGAUCCACAGCAGACAAUAGAUAUCACCGAUAAUUUAUAUAACUCAAUCUUGAAACCAGGGUACCACACAACAGAAGAUACAAUCACUUUAAUUUUUACUCCAAGGGCUGUCUUUAAAGUUAGGCCUGUCACUAGAUCUUCGUCUGCUGUAGCUGGUCAUGGCUCCACAAUUCUAUGUUCUGCUUUUGCCCCACAUACAAGCUCAAGAAUGGUUACUGGUGCUGGUGAUAACACUGCAAGGAUAUGGGACUGUGAUACUCAAACCACCAUGGCUACUUUAACGGGACACCGUAAUUGGGUUCUAUGUGUUUCAUGGUCUCCUGAUGCAGAAUUGAUUGCAACUGGUUCCAUGGAUAACACAAUUAGAUUGUGGGAAGCUGAUAAAGGUAAACCAUUAAGUGGUGGUAAUGGAGAAUCAUCCGUCCUGAGAGGACAUUCAAAAUGGAUUACCUCAUUAUCAUGGGAACCAUUGCAUUUAGUGAAACCAGGCGAUAAACCUAGGUUAGCAUCAGCAUCAAAGGAUGGUACCGUCAAAAUUUGGGACACAGCAAGACGGGUAUGUUUGUAUACUUUAAGUGGACAUACAAAUUCUGUAUCAUGUGUCAAAUGGGGUGGACAGGGUAUGUUAUACACUGGGUCUCAUGAUAAGACAGUAAGGGUGUGGGAUAUGAAAGCAGGUGGGAAAUGUAUUAAUAUCUUAAAAAACCAUGCUCAUUGGGUAAAUCACUUAUCGUUAUCUACUGAUUAUGCAUUGAGGGUGGGACCAUUUGAUCAUACAGGCGUCAAACCAUCUACAGCAGAGGAGGCAAGGGAGAAAGCGUUAAAAAAUUACGAAAUAGUCGUCAAAAAGAAUGGAAAGGUAGAAGAAUUGAUGGUUACAGCAAGUGAUGAUUUCACAAUGUUCUUAUGGAACCCAUUGAAGUCAAAUAAACCAAUAUGUAGAAUGACAGGUCAUCAAAAAUUGGUUAAUCAUGUAGCAUUUAGUCCAGAUGGAAGAUAUAUUGUAUCUGCUUCCUUUGAUAAUUCUAUUAAACUAUGGGAUGGUAGAGAUGGUAAGUUUAUUUCUACUUUUAGAGGGCAUGUGGCUAGUGUUUAUCAAGUGGCAUGGUCCUCAGAUUGUAGGUUGUUGGUUUCCUGUUCUAAAGACACGACUUUGAAAGUAUGGGAUGUGAGGACAAGAAAACUGGCAGUAGAUCUUCCAGGUCAUAAAGAUGAGGUAUAUACGGUAGAUUGGAGUGUUGAUGGUAAAAGGGUUUGCAGUGGUGGGAAGGAUAAGAUGAUGAGAUUAUGGACUCAUUGA